AUAAGUGAUCUCUAAAACUUUCUUCUAAAUAUAUAUACAAAACAUCAAAAUAUACAACUAUAAAUUAACUUUACAGUACCAUAUCGAUGUCGCUUCCAACAAGACUAAGGUCUCAGAGGUGGGAAAGAGAUGAGAUCGAUUAUGGAGGAGAUUGGGAACCCAUGAAUGAUCAUGUUGAAGAAGAAGAACCAGAAGAAGUUAUACCCAGUGAAGAAUUAAAACCUGAACGAUUUGAAAUCCCAGAACCCCAUACAUCUUCAUCGCCUACCAAUGAUUCAGAUUUAGAUUUGGGAGUGGAUAGACUAGAGUUAGAAAGUUUAGAAGAAUUUCAAUUAAACGUUCAGAUUGGUGAAGAUGGUGAGUUAAUAUUGGAAGAUCUUAAUCCACCUACUCCGCCCUUACAGACUAUAGAUCAUUUUCCUACCAAUAAUUCUUCACCCCAACAAUCAGAAGCCAUUUCAGUUUUAAGUGAUAAACAUUCCAUAUCAAACCAUUCCGUACCUGAACUACCAACAACACCAGUUGGCCAUAUUAAGGAUGAUACGGUGACGAAUCAUACUCCAAUCUCACAUAAAGAAGAGUUUCAACCCAUAGAAGAAGAUAAUGAAUCGUUAAUAUUUCAACUGAAAUCAAAUACUAAUCAUAAUGAUCAUCUCAAUUCAUUCACGUUUGCUAAUAAUAAUACCAAUGAUAAUCAUCCAACUAAAUCGGUGGUUGAAGAUACUCCUAAGAGAUAUUCAGGUGCUGUUUCAUUGGAGAAUGGUCAUAAUAGAAAUGUAUCAGCAGGGGUACUUACGUUAGAAUCAUUGAUUCAUGAUGUACAAUCCGAUAUUGUAAGUGGUGGAGGAUAUGAUAACUUGGAUGAAGUGGCUAGUAAUCAUAGUGAUUAUGAUUAUGAUUAUGAUGAUUAUCAAGAUGUUGAUGAUGAAGAACAUGAAGAUCGUCUGAUUCGUCCGUUAUCAACUGUACAAUCAGGGUUAUCCACUCCUAAACCUCCACCAACUCCUGAAAAUGAAUUACAUCCCGUUGGAUCAUCAGGAUCACUUUCUACUGGUAAUUUUUCAUUUGAGACUGCAAGUAAAACAGAUCUUACCAGUGAUAAAGAACCAACAAGAAGAAGUUCUACAAAUACGUUUGAUAUGGGUGGUUGGAAGCCAAAUACUGAUGCAUACAGAGGUAACUUUGUGAAUCAAAACUUUGCCAACAGGAGCCAACAUCAUGAUGAUGUUAUAAGUAUUCCUGCUACUAUUGAUGUAACUUUACCUAGUGUUAGUGAAAUACCUGAUGAAGAAGAAGAAUAUGCCACUAAUCAAAGAAAAAUAUCCGCUACAUCCGAAAAUAAUAAUAAUAAUAAUAAUAAUAGUAAUUCAAGAAUAUCAUCUAGUGGAUCAACUCUUGAUAAGAUAAAAUCUCGUGAAUUAGAUUCGGCCAACACAAGUACUACUAUAGUUUCUUCUCAUCCAGUUACGCAAAAGUAUCCUACUUCAAAUUGGGGAAAGAUUAUGUCUUUACCUCAAAGAGGAGAUAGAAUCCAAGAAUUAACCAAGGCAUUAUCAGCAGGUAGUGAUUAUGAAACAGGGUUGACUGAUUGGUUAACCACUACUUUAAAGCUGAAUGAUAGUUCAGAAUUCAUUAAUAUUGGGAAUUUGGCGACAAAGAUCUUUCAAGAAUCAGAUAAGAAUCCAAGAAGACCUUCAACUCGUACUAGAGUUUUACAUGUUAAGGAUAAAGUUCAUGUUGCGUCUGAUUUAGGAAAGAGGUUCCUUAACAGAGGAAAGAAGAUCUUAAAGUAGUAUAUAUUUAUCUAUACAUACAUAUCUAGUUUAACCAUAUAAUCAUAUCAUAAUCAUAAUAAUAUACAGUUCAUCUUUUUCAUUUUUUGCAACUUGAAUAUUUUCACGUGAAAGUU